GCGGGGAGGGGGCGGCCGGCCGGGCCUGCGCCCGAGCGAGCGGCGAGCCGAGGGGGAAGGGGCCCGGAAGGAGGCGAGCGCGGCCGCGACGCCGGGAGUCGGACGGCCGCUCGUGCCGGCCUGCCGUCGUCCUUCCCACCAGCUACGCCUGAGCAGGGAGUCCCGAGCGGCCGCCGAGGCCGGAGCACGGCGGUCGGGCGGCGGGCGAGCGGGUGAACGGGACCGGGAGCCGGAGGCCCGGCCGGCGUCCUGCGCGAGGCACGGUGGGCUCCUGCCUGUGAGAAUAGGCAAGGGGCGGAAAGGAAGGCAACACGGAGGCCGAGAGCAACGAGACGGCCGGAUUUUUCCAGGAGGCUGGUCUGCAGGAAGAGCCCACUCGGAACUCCAAUCCACAAUAAUAAUCCAAACGAAUCAUAAGGAGCAGUUUUUCUGGCCGGGCGAGAUCUGAGCGAGGAGAGAGACAGAGAAGGGGAACGGGAGGAAGCGAAAUCUCUGUUUCAUGGAGGCUGAGGCGACAGAAAUUUUCGGAGUCUGGAUGUGGAGGAGCAAAACAGCAGAAGUAACUCAGGAAAUUUUCUUUCAGAAAAAGGCCGAACGUAGGCUGGGUCUGCGAAUCAGGCUGGGCUAAGUGGAGGAACCUGCAAGUUUAAAGGCAAAAGAAAGGGAGAGGAUAUUUUCAGGGAUCUGCUUUGGUUUGUGGUUAAUGCUACCAUCUUAAAGGUAGAAAGCGUUGCAUUUCAGGUGUUCUGUGAUUUUUGUUUUGUUUUGUUUCUGUGUGGGAUUUGCAUAUUGGCUCAUUUCAGAAUUUCAAAACCUUUCAUGUAAAAGCUUUUUUUUUUAAGUGAAUUCACAAAUUUUGGUUUCCAAGGUUGCACUGGACUUGGAAGGAGUGCUGUUGUGUACAUACUAUUGUAUGGCUUUAUUUAUUAUUAUUUCUUUUUUACUGUUUAAAUCAGCUGGAAGAUUUUUUUUUUUUUUGAAGUGCUGUUUUGGAUUUAUUCUUUUUUUUUUUUUUUUUUUUUUUGCCUUCCAUGCCCUCAGAUAUAUUUGCUGUUAUCAUCUCAAGCAUUGAAGACCUGAAAAUUAUUUUUUUCCCCUUUAGAGCUUCAGGCUGUCUUGCCAACCGAAGGACAGCUGGAGUAAAAGGAUGAUAGUUAUCUGUGCGUUGCAAUGAAGACAUAUUUUGAAGGCGCAUUCUUUCUGUGAUUCAUUUUUUAGCUCAUAGUGCUAACCUUGAGGAGGUUUGUGGUGAGGUUUUUGGUUUCCAAGAAGGUCAUAGUUUUUCCUCUUUUUCUUUUUUUCUCUCUUUUUUGGGGGGGGUGGGGGGUGGGGAGGAAGAAAGCAGACCAUGUUAACUGGUAGAAGUAGAGUGGAGCUUCAGUUGCCAGGGUCCUGAGAACUGGAAGAAAAAAACAUUUUUUCAGUCUUCGAGUUGGGAGGCGUCCUCUCGCUUCUCUUGAAAAUUGUGAGUGGACCAGUCCUAAUCACGACACCGAGGCUGCGGGAUUCUGGAACCGUGGAGACAACGAGAAACCAUGAGUGUAAGAUUGCCCCAGAGCAUAGACAGGUUAAGUAGCCUGUCUUCUCUGGGAGAUUCUGCACCUGAACGAAAGUCUCCUUCCCAUCAUCGCCAGCCCUCUGACACCUCUGAAACAACAGGCCUUGUUCAGCGUUGUGUCAUCAUCCAGAGGGACCAGCAUGGCUUCGGCUUCACCGUCAGUGGGGAUCGCAUUGUUCUGGUGCAGUCUGUGCGGCCUGGAGGUGCAGCCAUGAAAGCUGGUGUGAAAGAGGGCGACCGGAUCAUUAAAGUCAACGGCACCAUGGUGACCAAUAGCUCACACCUGGAGGUUGUGAAGCUUAUCAAAUCUGGUGCCUAUGUUGCACUGACACUCCUGGGCUCUUCUCCUUCAUCUGUUGGUGUCUCUGGGCUCCAGCAAGACCCACCCCCAGCAGGAGCUCUCCGAGCCACCCCUGUGAUCCCACCACCACCAUCUCCUCCACCUCUGCCACCUCCACAACGCAUCACAGGACCCAAACCUCUUCAGGAUCCCAAAGUUCAAAAACAUGCAACCCAGAUCCUCAGAAAUAUGCUGAGGCAGGAGGAAAAAGAGUUACAGGAUACACUUCCACUGUAUGGUGACACCAGCCAGAGGCCAUCAGAAGGUCGUCUGUCUCUGGAUUCCCAGGAAGGGGAUAGUGGCUUAGACUCUGGGACAGAGCGUUUUCCUUCUCUCAGUGAGUCAUUGAUGAAUCGGAACUCGGUACAGUCAGACCCUGGACUAGACAGCCCUCGAACAUCCCCUGUGAUCAUGGCCAGGGUGGCCCAGCAACACAGGCGGCAGGGCUCAGAUGCAGCAGUCUCUAUCAGCGACCAGGGUACAGAUCAAAGCCCAAAGCCUUUAAUUAUUGGCCCAGAGGAAGAUUAUGACCCGGGUUAUUUCAACAACGAGAGUGAUACCAUAUUCCAGGAUCUUGAGAAACUGAAGUCACAUCCAGCUCACCUGGGGGUUUUUCUACGUUACAUCUUUUCUCAGGCAGACCCCAGUCCACUGCUUUUUUACUUGUGUGCAGAAGUGUAUCAGAAGACAUACCCCAAGGAUUCCCGAAGCUUGGGAAAAGACAUCUGGAGUAUCUUCCUGGAGAAAAAUGCGCCUCUGAGAGUGAAGAUCCCUGAGAUGUUACAGGCUGAAAUUGAUUUACGGCUGCGCAACAGUGAGGACAUCCGCAGCGCCCUCUCUGAUGCCCAAGGGGCAACCAUGCCAGAGAUCCAGGAGCAAAUCCAUGACUACAGAACAAAACGCACUCUGGGGCUGGGCAGCCUAUAUGGUGAAAAUGACCUGCUGGACCUGAAUGGGGACCCUUGCCGAGAGAAUCAAGUGGCCGAGAAGCAACUGGCUGCCCUUGGGGAUAUUCUGUCCAAAUACGAGGAAGACAGAAGUGCCCCCAUGGACUUUGCCGUCAACACCUACAUGAGCCAUGCUGGAAUCCGUCUCCGAGAAGCCCGACCCUCCAGCAUGGCAGAAAAGGCCCAGUCUGCUCCUGAUAAGGACAAGUGGCUCCCCUUCUUCCCUAAGGCCAAGAAGAGCAGCAACUCCAAGAAAGAAAAGGAUGCCUUGGAAGACAAGAAGCGAAACCCCAUCCUCAAGUACAUUGGGAAGCCCAAAAGCUCUUCCCAAAGCACAUUUCAUAUUCCUUUGUCCCCUGUGGAAGUCAAACCAGGCAAUGUGAGAAACAUCAUUCAACACUUUGAGAACAGCCAGCAGUAUGACGCCCCAGAACCCGGGACACAGCGACUCUCCACAGGAAGCUUUCCUGAGGACCUGCUGGAAAGCGACAGCUCACGCUCAGAGAUUCGCCUGGGCCGCUCUGAGAGCCUCAAGGGCCGGGAAGAGAUGAAACGGUCUCGAAAAGCAGAGAACGUGCCCCGCUCUCGCAGUGAUGUUGACAUGGAUGCUGCUGCAGAAGCUACUCGACUCCACCAGUCAGCCUCCUCUUCUGCCUCCAGCCUGUCCACCAGGUCUCUUGAGAACCCAACCCCUCCCUUCACCCCCAAAAUGGGCCGCAGGAGCAUUGAGUCCCCCAACUUGGGGUUCUGCACCGAUGUCCUCCUUCCCCAUCUCCUAGAGGAUGAUCUGGGCCAGCUGUCUGACCUUGAGCCAGAGCCAGAUGCGCAAAACUGGCAACAUACAGUGGGCAAGGACGUGGUGGCUGGGCUGACCCAGAGGGAGAUUGACCGGCAGGAAGUUAUCAACGAGUUGUUUGUGACCGAGACUUCCCACCUGCGCACACUCCGGGUUCUGGACCUCAUCUUCUACCAACGUAUGAAGAAGGAGAACCUGAUGCCACGGGAUGAGCUGGCCCGGCUCUUUCCUAACCUGCCUGAGCUCAUAGAGAUUCACAAUUCUUUAUGUGAAGCAAUGAAGAGGCUCCGGGAGGAGGGUCCAAUCAUCCGAGGGAUCAGUGAUCUCAUGCUGUCUCGGUUCGAUGGAGCCGCCCGAGAGGAGCUUCAGCAGGUGGCUGCACAGUUCUGUUCCUAUCAGUCCAUAGCCUUGGAACUGAUCAAGACCAAGCAACGCAAGGAGAGCCGGUUCCAGCUCUUCAUGCAGGAGGCUGAGAGCCACCCUCAGUGCCGAAGGCUGCAGCUUAGAGACCUUAUCAUCUCGGAGAUGCAGCGGCUCACCAAGUACCCCCUGCUGCUGGAGAACGUCAUCAAGCAUACAGAGGGUGGCACCUCUGAGCAUGAGAAGCUGUGCCGGGCUCGGGACCAGUGCCGGGAGAUUCUCAAGUAUGUGAAUGAAGCAGUCAAGCAGACAGAGAACCGGCACCGUUUAGAGGGCUAUCAGAAACGCCUGGAUGCCACCGCCCUGGAGAGGGCCAACAACCCUCUGGCAGCAGAAUUCAAGAGCCUGGACCUUACAACCAGGAAGAUGAUUCAUGAGGGACCUCUGACCUGGAGGAUCAGCAAGGACAAGACCUUGGACCUGCACGUGCUGCUCUUGGAGGACCUGCUGGUGCUGCUGCAGAAACAGGACGAAAAGCUGCUGCUGAAGUGCCACAGCAAGACUGCCGCGGGCUCCACAGAUAGCAAGCAGACCUUCAGCCCUGUGCUCAAGCUCAAUGCCGUACUCAUCCGCUCUGUGGCCACAGAUAAACGAGCUUUCUUCAUCAUCUGUACCUCUGAGCUGGGGCCACCCCAAAUCUAUGAGCUGGUUGCAUUGACGUCAUCAGACAAGAACACGUGGAUGGAGCUCUUAGAAGAGGCUGUGCAACAUGCAACCAGGCACCCUGGAGCUGCCCCAGCACCCGCUCGUGCCCCAGUCCCAGGUCCCCAGGAACAAGCCCACCAGGACCCCACACCCAGCAGGGUAGACCUGGAUGACUCCGAAGUGUUCCACAGUGAAACAGAGACAGAGGAGCCACUGGGAGGCUCUGGACCCCAGAAGAGAGACCAAGGGAAGCAGCCAGUACUGCCAGGGGAUCCAGAGCAGGAGGACCAUGGAGAGGAGGAAGAGCUGGGUGCCCUGCCUGAUCCUUCUGCGACCCUGGAUGGAGAGAACAGCACUAUUGGGACAAGGGCCCCAAUCCACCUGGCCCUGCCAGGCCCUCUGUUCAUGGAAGGACUUGCUGAUUCAGCCCUGGAAGAUGUGGAGAACUUACGGCACCUGAUCCUAUGGAGUCUGCUGCCAGGUCACACUACAGAGACACAGGCUGCCGGGGAGCCAGAGGAUGACCUGACCCCCACACCUUCUGUCAUCAGCAUCACCUCUCAUCCCUGGGACCCAGGCUCCCCUGGGAGAGCUCCCACUGCAGGUGAAGGGGACAGCACUCAGCUCCCAGGGUCAGAGUGCAGCCAGCCAGAGCAGGAAGACAUGGCUCUCUGCUCUCUGGAGCACCUGCCCCCACGGACCAGAAACUCUGGGAUCUGGGAGUCUCCUGAGCUGGACAGGAAUCCAACAGCAGAGACUUCAAGAACAGAAGGCAUGGGCAAUUACAAAGUUGUGAGAAAAGCCGAGGUGGCAGGCAGCAAGGGUGUCCCUGCACUACCAGAGAGUGGCCAGUCAGAGCCUGAGCCACCAGAAGUGGAAGGCGGAACAAAGGCUACGGGGAACUGUUUUUAUGUCAGCAUGCCAGCAGGACCCCUGGACUCAAGCACCGACCCUUCAGGGGCACCUGCAAGCCCCUCCCAACCUGACGGCCUCCCUGCCUGGCAAACAGAGCCCCGGCCCCAGCUGCAGGGAGGCAGUGAGGACCCAAGACGCCCCAGCCGCUCUACCCCGAGCCUGGCCCUCAGGGACGUGGGCCUGAUCUUCCGGACCAUCGAGCAGCUCACACUCAAACUCAACAGGCUCAAGGACAUGGAGCUGGCCCACAAGGAGCUGCUCAAGUCCCUCGGGGGAGAGUCAUCAGGGGGCACGACGCCUGUGGGCAGUUUCCACACAGAAGCAGCCAGGUGGGCAGACACUACCCUCUCACCCCCAGCCAAGGAGCCCCUGACUUCUGACUCUAGGAGCCACCAGGAGCUGGGGACCUGCCCUGAGAACGGCUCUGACCCACCCCUGGAAGAUGGCACAGUGGAUGCCGCCAUAUCACCAGGACUAUAACCUUCUAGACCACCAAAGCCUCUGCGUCCCCUUUCCUUCAGGGUCUGGCCUGAGGCAGGGGCACAGGGUUGGGAAGCCCCAGCCCUCCCUGCAUGGAGGCUACAGCUGGGAAGACUGGGAUCCACUGAGGCCUGGGGGGACUCGCAUGUGACUUGGUCCAUACAGAUCAGAGUCAAGUUUCAGUGUCUUUCCCCUCCCUUCAUCCCAACCCUCCAAGGCCUCAACUCACCUAAGCAUGCCGACUGCAUCAGAAGGGCCCUUGCCCCGCACAAGUGCACACAUGCGCACCUGUGCACACAGCGCCCUCAUGCCUGUGAGGGCAAGGAGGAAGCCUCUGUGUCAAUGCACUUUUCUUCCUCCCCCUCCCCCACAGGACCCCAGCUGGAGUGGGUGCCUCCCUCUCCUUUGUCACUUUGUUUUCCUAUAAAUAUGUAUGUAUUGUA